CUUGAAACCCUAAUUGCAGAGUUAUGCGGAAAUCAAGCAGUGUGGGCGUGAAAAUGUGCUCGGGACACCGCGAUGAUUGUUAAUCAAAAGUAAGACAAUUGCGAGCUCUUGAAGAAGAAGAAGACGAGAAAAGAGGAGGAAGUGACACGCAGAAGGGCGUUCAACAUGAACGAGGAGGACAUCUUCGGAGACGAUGCCUCCGACGAGCUAGCGAGGUUGACACCGGAAGAUAUUCAGCGAAGAGGCCGAUUACUGGAGAAUGAGACCCGCAUCUUGAAGGACGAGACACAGAGGUUGACUCUCGAGCACGAUGCUAUGAAGGAAAAAAUUAAUGAGAAUCAGGAGAAGAUCAAACUCAAUAAACAGCUGCCUUACCUAGUUGGAAACAUUGUGGAGAUAUUGGACGUCAAUCCAGAAGAUGAAGCUGAAGAGGAUGGUGCUAAUGUUGAUUUGGACUCUCAAAGGAGAGGAAAGUGUGUCGUCUUGAAGACAUCCACACGUCAAACGAUCUUCUUGCCUGUAGUUGGUCUAGUCGAUCCAGAUAGUUUGAAGCCCGGUGAUUUGGUUGGAGUAAACAAGGACAGCUACCUGAUUCUGGAUACACUGCCUUCGGAAUAUGACUCACGUGUAAAAGCUAUGGAGGUCGACGAGAAGCCUGCAGAGGUGUAUUCAGAUAUUGGUGGUCUCGAUAAGCAGAUUCAAGAGUUGAUGGAAGCCAUCGUACUACCUAUGACCCACAAAGAACGGUUCGAUAGCUUAGGUGUCCGACCACCCAAAGGAGUGUUAUUAUAUGGCCCACCAGGUACUGGCAAGACCCUCAUGGCUCGUGCAUGCGCAGCUCAAACAAAUGCUACUUAUUUAAAGCUUGCUGGACCUCAGCUCGUCCAGAUGUUUAUUGGAGAUGGUGCAAAACUUGUGAGGGACGCGUUCCAGCUAGCAAAGGAAAAAGCUCCCUGUAUCAUCUUCAUUGAUGAAGUAGAUGCAAUUGGUACUAAGCGUUUUGACAGUGAAGUAAGUGGAGAUCGUGAAGUGCAGAGAACUAUGCUGGAGUUGCUUAAUCAGCUGGAUGGAUUCAGCAGUGAUGAGCGCAUUAAAGUUAUAGCAGCCACGAAUAGAGCAGAUAUUUUAGAUCCUGCACUGAUGCGGUCAGGACGUAUAGAUAGAAAAAUUGAGUUCCCUCAUCCAACCGAGGAGGCACGGGCACGUAUCUUGCAGAUUCAUUCGAGGAAAAUGAAUUUAAGGCCUGAUGUCAACUUUGAGGAGUUGGCUCGCUCAACAGAUGACUUUAACGGAGCUCAAUUGAAGGCUGUGUGUAUUGAGGCCGGAAUGUUGGCGCUUCGCCGUGAUGCCACGGAAAUAACUCACGAAGACUUCAACGAGGGUAUUACUCAAGUACAAGCGAAAAAAAAAGCCAGUCUUAACUACUACGCUUAAUCACUCUCUCCUAGUAGACUCCAGGAUUAAAUAUAUGCCCUGAUAUUCCCAAAAGAGUCUGGAAGGCAAUAGAUGAACUGGCAUUUUUACCUUGCCUUGUAAAUGAUACUGCGAUAUGUUUAGAUACAUUGCUGUUGUAUUCAAACACUCAAUAUUCUUUUGUGCCUUAUUAAGACCAAUCUUAUUUUGAUAAGCUGUA